CCCCCCCUCCCUACUUUAAAAUGGCGGCGCUCGCCUAGGUUGGAGUCAGGAGGCGAUGUUAACGCUCGGACGGGACCGUCCCGUGAUGGAGGAGGAGGUGGGGGGGGAGGUGGGAGGCGGUGGCCUCCAGGCGAUGGCCGAUGACGAUGAAGACAUCGACCAGUACAACGACGACACGUUCGGUGCCGGGGCCACUGACGAAGACUGGGAACCCUCCCAGGACUCGCCGUUGCUCUCUCUCCCCACACUGUACAACCCCCCACCGCACCACCACCACAACCACCACCACCACCCGCACCACCACCACCACCACCUUCCCUGCGACGAUCCCUGGCCGCACGAGAGCUCCCUGCUGCUGUUGUUGCCCCCCUGUUCCUCGCCCGGCGGGGUCGCGGUCGGGGUCGGGUGCGAGGGGGAUGAGGGGGACGACGGUGAGGGCGGCGAGGGGGAUGAACGGGCGGACGACUCGCUGGCGGAGAGCGGCUUUGAGGACAGCAUCAGCAAGCUGGUGCUGGAGGACGACAUGGAGGAUCCGGCAGUGAUCAGGGCCGGGGUACGAAGGCCGCUCACAGAGGACUCGGCGAUUGUGGAUAGCCUCUGCUCCAUGAGCAGUUGGAGGGGACUCAUGAAUAGGUCGCUCACGCCCCCUCCCCCACUGCAGCCCAGCAUCUGGGGCUCCCCCCCUGCCCACGUGAUGAGUCAGCUGACCCACAGCCUGCCCCCCUCACUCGUGGACCGCUCGCUGCUUCAUGCGAUGGAGUGUGGUGGCGGUGGCGGUGGUGGUGGUGGUGGCGGUGGUGGUGGUGGUGGUGGCGCUCCACCUCUCAUGGUGGAGGAGCUGGAGAGGAGUUUGGUGGGGGGCCCCCCUGCCCCCCCACUGAGACAGCCCCAGGCCUUCGGGACCCCCCCCACGUACCCCCCCCCACCACCACCACCGUCGCUGCAGCAGCAGCUGCUGAUGCAACAGCUGCAGCAGCAGCAUCAGCAGCAUCAGCAGCAUGUUCUGCGUGUGAUGCCUCCGCACCUCCGUCGGCAGCAGCAGCAGCACCCUGGGCUUGCAAUGCCCUACGGUGGCAGGGCCUCUCCCACACACGGCCUCGGUACACAGGGCUGCCAACUCUCCCCGCAGGCGUUUGCCCAGCUGCAGAGGAACGUCGCCCUGCUGAGGCCUGGCCAGGCGGGCCGCUUGAGUCCCAGCCACUUUAUCCGCCUGGGCCCCCCCCUGGGCCCCCCGCUGGGCCUGCCGGGAAGAACCCUGGGCCCCCCCCCACUGAGUGGAGGGGGGCCCCCCACUCCGUCGCCUCUGCAGGGGCUGCCACGGCCGCACCCCCCUCCCUUCUAUGGCGGCGUCCACCGUCACGCCCAGCCGCCCACUCCACCCAUACAGACCCUCAGUUGA